AUGAGAGAAUCCACACGGGGGAAAAGCCGUACACGUGUUCUGAGUGCGGGAAGUCUUUCACCUCAAAUCUCAACUCAAAACACACCACAGAGUCCACACCGGGGAAAAGCCCUUACUCAUUGUUCCUUGUGCGGAAAGUCUUUCACCCAGAAAUCGCAAACUCAUUACACACCAGAUAGUCCACACCGCAAGAAGCCCCCUUUUCUUGUUCUGAGU